AUGGAGCCUCGCCUCUCCAUGGCUUCCCACGGUCGGGGAAUGGCCCCCAAGAGGCCGCAUCCUGGGCGGACGCAUCUCAGCGGGCGGCCAGGGGCCCUGAGGGGAUAUGGACUGCAAUGCGCGUCGAAGGCCGGGGGCCGUGGAUCGGCAUGGCGCGGCGUGGGGAGGCUGAGCGGCAGGUACCCAAUGUUUGCUCACACCCCGUUGCCGCUAUCGAGAAUGGCUGGGCCACCGGAGAGGUGGCGUGAUGUCUCUGUGGCGGCCACCGCAGCAGCAGCCGUUGCAUCCGCCCCUCCAGUUGUCUGGGUGCAGUGGGUGCUGGGAAUCGCAGCUGCAGUCACUGCCCUGUCGCUGUCCAUCUUUCUUUUCGCUGCCCUGUCAACGCUCAAGGCCAUGCGAUCAGCAGCCAUAAGGGCUGAGGCUCUAAUGUGUCUCCUGGAGGCGGAAUUGCCAGACACCAUGUCGGCGGUGCGCCUGUCAUCGCUUGAAGUUUCAGAUUGUGUAGAAGAAUUCACUGGCUUGGGUGCCGACCUAGGGGCCGGCCUGAGGGCAUCAGCAAAUGCUGUGUCGGCUGCUGAGAAGGGGCUCAUCCAGGCAGCAGGAAUGGUGAAAGAGAAGGUCGUGCCAGCUUUGCAGCAGCAGGCACCUGUGGCUCGUGAGAAACUGGAGGCCAGCUUGAAGCAGCGCGCCGACAUGUCGUACACUCGUCCACUUGUCACACAGGCCGCGCAUGGCACGAGGGAAAGGUUGCGUGCAGCCAGGACUCUGUUGAACGCCUUAGACAUAAGCGGCAAAGCACUGGGGGUGCUCAGAGCAACCAGGGGUCGCAGCACCCAGCCACAAUCCGCGCUCAAGCUUGGGUCGCAGAACUUAACGGGUACCACAAGCUCGGAAGAUGUAGAUCAGGGGGAUGAGGAAGAGGGGGUGAGCAGCGAAGAGGGAGAAAAAGUGCCAGUCUGA